GAAAGGGCACAGAACCCAAAGCAGCAUUAGCGAAGCAGAUAGAGAUAUGCAGAUACUGAGGAUAUACACGAGAGAGAGAGAGAGAGAGAGAGAGAGAGAGAGAGAUGAAGAUCAUGAAGUUUCAAAAAUUUUGAAGUUUGAGCUGUAAAUCCAAAAACCCAAAAGUCACUGUUGAAAGAGAAAAUUAACAAGAUAUAUCAAACCCGCAACACAGUUUUUGAGAUAACAGUAGCAAUAAUAAUAAGAAUAAUGAGUAACUGGUUGGGGUUUUCUUUGAGUCCACACUUGCGAAUCGAUGAAGGGUUUGGUAGAGAAGAACAAGCUGCUGCUUUCUCUUCUCAUCAUGAUAUUUCUGGUAUGCCUUUACAUUCUGAUGGCUCUCUUUGUGUUGUUGAUCCCUUUAGACGCAGCUCUAAUGGCACUCAAGAUUGGAGAUACGAGAACACCUUGGACGCAACUAGUGCAAGUGAAGAAGGUCCAAAGCUUGAAGAUUUUUUAGGUUGUUACUCAAACUCUCCUUCUGAUGAAACCAAAGUUUAUUGCCAAGAAGACCAAAUCCCAACCCAAAACCAUAUUAAUAGAAUCAAUGUUAACGUAGCACCAGCCUUCACCACUACUAAUAAUGGAGAUAUAGACACUAGUAGUGGAGAAAAUCUCACAAACGCGUCUUCUUUAGUCCAAUCCUAUAAUCACCAUUACAAUGACAACCCACAAACCCUAAUUCCUAAUGAUAAUCUCCAACACUGUGAUCCAAACCCUAGUCUUAGCCAUAACAAUAGCAUUUACCAUGUACCAUUUGAAAGUAAUGGUACUUGUGUUUCUGGGUUCAAGUCUUGGCUAAAGCAGAAUCCAUUUUCAAGUGAUAAAUCUUCAAAUGAAGUCAACAAUUGUAAUUUUCAACCAUUAUCACUGACAAUGAGUCCGAGUUCUCAGAAUGGAUUGGUUGCAGUUUCUCCAUUGCAAGUGAUUGAUAAUCGUCAAAGGCCUACUACCGUCGGCAAAUCUCUCGUUAGAGAACCAGUUCCUCGUAAAUCCAUUGACACUUUUGGACAAAGAACGUCUCAAUAUAGAGGAGUCACAAGGCAUAGAUGGACGGGGAGAUAUGAGGCCCAUUUGUGGGACAACAGCUGCAGAAAAGAAGGACAAACAAGGAAAGGAAGGCAAGUUUAUCUUGGUGGAUAUGAUAAAGAAGAGAAAGCAGCGAGGGCGUAUGAUUUAGCUGCCUUGAAAUAUUGGGGACCAACAACUCAUAUAAAUUUCCCUUUGAGCACUUAUGAGAAGGAACUUGAAGAGAUGAAGCACAUGACUAGGCAAGAAUUUGUAGCCAACUUGAGGAGGAAAAGUAGUGGGUUUUCGAGAGGAGCUUCUGUAUACAGAGGAGUGACAAGGCACCAUCAGCAUGGAAGAUGGCAAGCUAGAAUAGGAAGGGUUGCUGGAAACAAGGACUUGUACCUCGGCACAUUUAGCACUCAAGAAGAAGCUGCAGAGGCCUAUGAUAUCGCUGCGAUUAAGUUUAGGGGUACAAGUGCUGUUACCAAUUUUGAUAUAAGUAGGUACGAUGUGAAGAGAAUUUGUUCAAGCUCUACACUAAUUGCCAGUGAUCUUGCUAAACGGUCACCGAAACACUUGGCUCCAGCAUCCACUCUUGAAGAUGAUAAUUCUUGUGCUUCAUCAACAUCUCCUAAACCCCUUCUUGCCAUGACAAGUGGAGAAGCCUCUGUUUCCGAUGAAUUGGCCGAUAUUGUGUGGAGUAAUGCAAAUGGAAAUGAACAUCAACAACAACAAGAUGAUAACAACAUUAACAAUGAUGUAACAUUGGUGGGUUCAAGUAGCAGGAAUUCCUCUAAUCCCGUAAAUCUGAAAUGUUCGGUCGGUUUAGGUACUGAUUUUAGCGAUGGCAUUGGAGAUUACAGUCAAGGUUACUCAUUGCAGGACUCAAAGUAUGAAGAUGGUAAUAAUGGAAGUAACAACAGGAUUGGAAAUUUAGGGUUGGUUCAUCAAGUCCCGAUGUUUGCAUUAUGGAACGAGUAGAAGGAAAAUACGAGUUAUUUGAGUAGGUUUGAAAUAGGGAGGUUAAUUAGUUAUUAGUUACAGCAAGAUAAAAAAAAAAUGGUAGAUGGUAGCAAAUGUCACGGAAUUUGAAAUGUGAGGAUUUAUUAGCGUUAAAAUUCGGUUGUUACAGUUUAAGUUUGUCUUUUUCCAAGAAGUAUAUGGAAAUAUAUAUUUCACUUGCACCA